GCACCGAGCGAAUCACCUGUUGGAUAAUAGAGGCGUGUCAUCUCCCCCGCGCGGCUCUCGCAGGUGCAAGAGCGCGAAUCCGCGACAGUCCAUCUCUACAUGGGAGCACUAUGUCCGAGAGAUAGCAGGAGUGUUCCAUUCGCCAUUCCGUGACAGACUGAAAUACCUCAUAGUUUAGGCGAAAUACUGUUAUUCAACUGAAGUUAGGUUGAAUUGACUUUAAAAGACAUCGUGAUUCACGACAGUGCGCUAUCGAAGACGAGAGGCAUGGGGACGACUGAGAAACUUGGAUAAUCUGAUCCACGUUUUUACUUCGGCUUGCUAACAAAGUUAUACGGUUAGCCCUUAUUUUCCAGAGAUCCAAGAUCAGAAAACAUUAGCCGGGUAGUCGUAGUCCUGCAUUUAUACUGACGCGUCCUCUUGAGUAGCACGAACUUUGCAGGUAUAUCCAGACAUUACCUAGCUGCAGCUGGUCCUGUGGCUUGAGGAGACGGUACAUGUUGGGCGAUGGAGACGCUGCGCGCUGGGAGACUCGGAGCACUACUAACGCUAGCCUGGGUGUGGAGUUCACCAGGUGAUUCUCAGCGGGUGGAGAUGCCUCGGCGGGAGCUGGAGGUGACGCGGGGCCAGAUGGUACUGCUGCAGGCCUGGUACAGCCCCACAUCCAGCAUCGACCGCAACUCCGUCAUCUGGAACUUCAUGGCCAACGACUCCAAGCAGAUAAUCACGUUCACGUCGGGGCAGAUUGGCAUCAGCCCUGAGUUCGGUAGUAAGCGUGUGGGCUUCGCCAUGCCUAUGCCCUCCACCAACCUGUCCAUCUACAUCAACAACACGCAGGAGUCUGACACAGGACGCUACCUCUGCAACGUGCUCAUCCCAGGAGCACCUGGCCUCUCAGGGGAGCUCCGGCUCAACGUCAAGGUGCCACCAUCUCCUCCAGUGUGCUCCGUGACCGGUCGGGCGGUGCUGAAGGGGAACGUCACGCUGCGCUGCAAGUCGGGCGAGGGGAAGCCGACGCCGCAGUACAAGUGGACCAGAGUGGCCCCAGUGUCUGAAGUCUACUUCUCCCCCAUGCAGAAUGAGCGGCAGGGCACCCUGCGGCUGAAUAACCUCACCAAGAGCAUGUCUGGGAAAUAUGUGUGCCGUGCCAGCAACACUGCCGGAGCAGAGAGCUGCUUCAUCAACCUGGAAGUGUCUGCCCCCACCAGUGCCAGUGUGAUCGCGGGCGCAGCCGUGGGAUCAGUCGUCGGGCUGGUAGCCAUCGUCCUCUUCCUUGUCUUCAUCCUUCGAAGAAGGCGGGACACCGAGGAAGAGAUAGCCAAUGAGAUCAAAGAAGAUGCCCAGGCUCCUAAGCGGGUCUCCUGGGCCAAGAGUGGCACGGGCUCGGACAUCAUCUCCAAAAAUGGCACGCUGUCGUCCAUCGCCACGAGUCCUCCGCCGCACGAGUCUCUGGACCAGUUGCACCACCAUAACCACCACCUUCAGCAGCCCCCCGGCAAUCAUUACAGCUACGCACCACCCCGAGAGCUGCCCUCCGACCCCGCCGCACUAGCCGGCUACCGCCUGCGACCAGGCCAGCCCAACCCGCUGCACGGCCUGCCUGGGUACAACAUCAGCGGCUCGCCCCUGCCCUCCCACAGCUCUCCGCCUCUGGGGCACCCCCAACCCUCACGGGGCACACACCCACACGCACACACUCUCCCACACACUCCCCGCCCUGCCAGUGCUAGCAGCUCACGCCACAUCACUGCCAAUGGCCCAGCCAAUCAAAUGCGGCGCACUAGUGUGGCUGACCAGCCCCUAAGCGGUCAUCCAAUCACUGCUAACGGUCCCGUUCAUACUGCCAGCCCCCGACCAAUCACUGCUAACGGUCCCGUCCACACAUCCAGUCCUCGACAAAUCAUUGCUAAUGGUCCUGUUCACUCAUCCAGCCCCCGACCAAUCACUGUUAAUGGUCCUGUCUACACAACCAGUCCCAGACCAAUCACUGCUAACGGUCCCGUCCACACCCCCAGUCCCCGACCAAUCAGUGUGAACAGUCAAAUCUAUACAACCAGCCCUCAACCAAUCACUGCUAACGGUCCCGUCCACACCCCCAGUCCCCGACCAAUCAGUGUGAACAGUCAAAUCUAUACAACCAGCCCUCAACCAAUCACUGCUAACGGUCCCAUCCACGCAUCUAGCCCCCGACCAAUCAGUGCUAAUGGCCCGGUCCAUGUAUCCAGCCCUCGUCCAAUCAGUGUGCCCAGCCCCACCCCAGACUCCCUUCACAGGACUGAUGGGGCCGAGCCACAGGCCGCACCUCAGACAACACAUCCACAAUCGCAAACCCUGCCGUCAGUCGUCACCAUAGCAACACUCUCCCGAGUGGGGGCAGUCCCCGUUAUGGUUCCCUCCCAGAGCCAGGCGGGUUCUCUGGUGUAGCACCACAAGUCCACUAAAGGUGACGGCAGGGUUUGCGCAGUCCACUGGAUAGGACUGGGCUGUCAGACAUUGGAACCAGGGGGCUACAGAACCGGACCAGAUCUAAGUGCGGUGUGACGUGCUGAUCUUGACCCCUCAACUUGCGACUGCCCGAAGGAGAAGAGAAAGAGGAGGAGAAGAGGAGAGGAGGAAAAGAAUAAUAUGAUUUUGAAAAUGAGCUGAAUGGACCCUGUUGUUUGACCACACACCUCACUGGACAAUCCUGAGGUCAAGGGAGAAUCGUAAUGACCUUCUGUGCUUUGAGUUACUUUUUUUAUUUAAAAUGAUUUAAACAUGAUAGCUACUGUGUCUGUACACUGUAUCUCUCCGACCUCUGUUGCAGCAUCUUUCUACAGAGUGUACAGUACUGUUUAAUUUCUAUUCUGUUUGUUGCGCGGUAGUGUUGUGUGUUGUGGAUCGGUUUGGUUCGGCAUUGAAGAGUGUGCUACCGUGAGAAGAGUGUGUUACGUUGACAAAUGCACUAUGAAGAAUGUUACUGCUCUAAGUGCUGUUGGGUUCCAUUAAAGUCAUGGACUGGAGUUCAGGCCC